AAUCCCUUUCCAUUUUUUUUCCAAUCUCAGGAGCUGUAAAAUUUAUAACAAUAUUCAUAUCUCAGCAAUUAAAAAAAUUGCAACUGAUUCUUAAUUUAUCGCCCAAUUGUAAGAAACAACUUUUCCAAUUUAUUUUUUAUUAUAAAGGGUCAUCUUCAUUUUUGUCUUGUUUCUAUUGAAAGCUUUGUCCUUUGAAUCCUACACCUUGAAAUUGUUAUUAUUUGUAUUUGAAGUUUCUGAUAAGAAACUAGAAUUUCAUCUGCAGAACAAAAAAAAAAAAGUAACCUCUGGGGUUUUCUUUCUUUUUAUUUUUAUUUUUAUUUUUUUGUGAAUCGAGAAUCGUUCAGCUAUGGUGUUUGAAAAGAAACCUAUCGCCUCUUCAUCUUCACAAAACUUGAAGUCUCCUUUACCCAGAGAAGACACGCCUCUUAUCGGUAAGGGGAAGCCGUUAUCAUCGAAAUCCAAGACCUUUGCCAAUGUUUUUAUAGCUAUAGUUGGCGCUGGGGUUCUGGGUUUGCCAUACGCCUUCAAGAGGACUGGAUGGGUCAUGGGUUUGCUCAUGCUUUUCUCGGUCGCCGGCUUGACCACCUACUGUAUGAUGCUUUUGGUUCACACCCGCCGGAAACUCGAGUCUUUUGACAAUGGUUUCGCCAAAGUUAAUUCUUUUGGCGAUCUGGGUUUCGCUGUUUGUGGUCACUUUGGCAGGUUUGUUGUGGAUGUACUUAUUAUUCUGUCUCAAGCUGGAUUCUGUGUUGGAUAUCUUAUAUUCAUCGGUAACACUCUAGCCAAUCUUUUCAAUGGUGAAGUAUCAAUGGUUUCAGGCUUAAGUUUGGCGAUUUCGGGUUUGUCAGCGAAGAGUUGGUAUAUUUGGGGAUGUUUUCCAUUUCAAUUGGCGGUGAAUUCAAUUCCAACAUUAACCCAUUUAGCUCCAUUGAGUAUUUUCGCUGAUAUUGUGGAUCUUGGGGCGAUGGGAGCGGUGUUUGUUGAGGAUGUGUCACUCAUCAUGAAGCAAAGCAACGAGAUUAUCGCUUUUGGGGGUCUCUCCGUGUUCUUCUACGGUAUGGGCGUUGCUGUUUAUGCGUUUGAAGGUAUUGGUAUGGUUUUUCCAAUUGAAUCUGAGAUGAAGGAAUCCAGGCACUUUGGCAAAAUAUUGGCACUGAGCAUGGGAUUGAUUUCUUUAAUGUAUGGAGCAUUUGGUGCACUUGGUUACUUUGCAUUUGGUCCAGAUACAAAAGACAUCAUUACUGCGAAUCUUGGUGCCGGCUGGAUCAGCGCUAUGGUUCAGAUAGGUCUUUGCGUUAACUUAUUUAUUUCUUUCCCAUUGAUGAUGAAUCCCGUUUAUGAGAUCGUAGAGAGGCGAUUUGGAGGAGGGAGGUACUGUUUGUGGCUGAGAUGGCUGCUGGUUUUGAUUGUAAGCUUGGUCGCUUUGUUCGUCCCAAAUUUUGCUGAUUUCUUGUCCUUGAUCGGAAGCAGUGUGUGCUGUGGUUUGGGGUUUGUAUUGCCUGCUUUAUUCCAUUUGUUGGUGUUCAAGGAAGAGUUGGGGUGGAAAGGAUGGACUGUGGAUGUCGGAAUUGUGACCUUGGGCCUUGUUCUUGGAGUUUCAGGAACAUGGUCUGCUCUUGUGGAGAUGUUCUCCGUAAAGGUGUAGGGAUACAGCGUCACAAAUAUCGUGACCUUGGGCUUUGUUCUUGGUGUUUUAGGAACUUGGUCUGCUCUCAUGGAGAUUUUUAUCUGUGAAAGCGUAUUGGUACAGUGUUGAAAUGAAGGUUAAGUUUCUGAACUGCUUCAUGAUAUACUGUCUACUUGUUUUCUUGAUCGUAUUUGUAAAAAUCGAUAUUUUAUAUUUAGAUUGAAAAAGGCGUGAUAUCCUCGACACAAGUAUGAGUCGUUGAUAGUCUAGUGUGGAACAUUUGUUUGGCUAUAUUGUCUAUGAUAUUACAUCUAUCUGCAAUGCAAGUUGUUUCCAAGAUUUGAUUGAUUGCUUAAA